GCGCCCCGCGGGAUGCGCGGCCCCUCGGCCGGGCGGAGCGGGCACAGCGCGCCCAGCUUGCUGCCAUCCUUUGGAUUCCUGUUUGACAUCGAUGGGGUGCUGGUGCGAGGCAGGACCCCCAUUCCUGCUGCCAGAGCAGCCUUUGGCAAGCUGGUCAACCCUCAGGGACAGUUCCUGGUGCCCGUGGUCUUUGUCACCAACGCUGGGAACUGCCUGCGCCAGAAGAAGGCUGAGCAGCUGUCCCACCUGCUGGGGGUUCCAAUUUCCCAAGAUCAAGUGAUGAUGUCCCACAGUCCUCUGCGGAUGUUCAAGCGUUAUCAUAAAAAAUGUGUCCUGGUAUCUGGACAAGGACCCCUUCUUGAUAUUGCCCAAGACCUUGGCUUCUGCCAGCCCAUCACCAUUGACACCCUGAGGGAGAAACGCCCUCUGCUCGAUGCAGUUGACCAUGACAGAAGACCCAAUGUCCUGUCCCCGUCUGCUGUGGAGCUUCCCAAGAUUGAGGCUGUGGUGCUGUUUGGGGAGCCAGUGAGAUGGGAAACCAGCCUGCAGCUGAUAAUUGAUGUUCUGCUGACCAGUGGCUAUCCUGGCAAUCCCUAUGGGCAGGAGAACUACCCUCACAUUCCUGUGCUGGCCUGUAACAUGGACCUGAUGUGGGUGGCUGAGGCACAGUCCCCAAGGUUUGGGCACGGAACGUUCAUGGUUUGUUUGGAAAACAUUUACAAGAAGAUCACUGGCAAAGACCUGAAGUACGAGGCGCUGAUGGGCAAACCCAGCAGGCUGACAUACCAGUAUGCAGAGCACCUGAUCCGGGCCCAGGCCCUGCAGAGGAGCUGGGAGCAGCCCAUCCAAACCCUCUAUGCUGUGGGGGACAAUGUGAUGACGGAUGUGUACGGAGCCAACCUGUACAACCGCUACCUGCAGGAGAGCUGCCCCAGAGCCCGCCUGCAGGCCAAGGCUGCGGCAGGCACUGCCCCUGCCCAGCUCCCCCAGCGCCUCCAGCCUGCCCGCUGGGACACGAGCUGGCGCCUGCAGCUGCUGCCCCGCUGCAGGUCCGUGCUGGUCUGCACCGGGGUGUACGACCCCCACAGCGAGGUGGCCCUGCCCAGCGGGGACAGCGUGGCUGAGAAUGUGUUCCACGGGCACAGGGAUUUCAGCUUUGACCCCGCCUUGGUGGAGCCAGACCACAUCGUGCCCGAUGUGGAUGCUGCUGUAGACCUGGUCUUCCAGCUGGAGAACUUUGCACCUCGUUGAGGUGACAGGAUUUCUUAAGGACCACUCAGUGCUGUGCUUUUCUUGCCCAAAACACACUGUGCUUUACAGGAGUGCCACAAAGUGCUGCCCUCUAAAUUUUUUAACCUCUGAAUCAAUACAAUCUUCUAUUAGGUAUGGUUAUUAGUAGUACAUAUGUGUGUUUGAUUAUAUUGAAUAUCAAUAAUGCUUUUUAUAGUGCUUCUAAAUAUGUAAUUUAUUGAUGGAGUUGCCCUUUAUUGUCUUCCUCUUUGUUAUGUUAGGGACUUUAACAGCAAUAUUUCAUAGUAACCUAUUCAUGUACUGGUACUUAAACCCCUCCAUGACAGCACCUCCUUUUGUUUGCUGGAAGAUUUAGUUUUGAGGAUCUUGAGGAUACCAGAUUGUGGUGCUGGGGUCACUCAGUCCAUUCCACGUGGGCUGUACAGAGCACAACAAGUAUUAAUGCCUGGAAUUCUGCAAGUACUGAAUGCUCCCUUCAAUCAGAGUGGAGUUCAAUCUGUUCCACUUUGGACUUGCUCUCAUCUGACCUGCUGCUGCCUUUCCUUGUGUCUGUUCUGCCAUGUCCCUGGAGUUUUAUUGCUCCUCUCUGCUGUGUGAAGCCUUAAUUGUGUUGGAACUCCAUAGUCCAGGAAGGGAAGCAGCAGACCUGGGUGCCCUCUGUGGCCUUUUUUCUCUUUGCCUUUCUAUAUGCAUCCUUUCCUUUCCUUUCCUUUCCUUUCCUUUCCUUUCCUUUCCUUUCCUUUCCUUUCCUUUCCUUUCCUUUCCUUUCCUUUCCUUUUC